GUUGGCAGGUUUUACCGCAAGGCACGGAUCAGCGGGCAGCUGGACUGGGAGUGCAUCCCUUGCACCAAGCAGACGCCCUCCUCCGAGCCUCAGUGUCGGUCCAGACCAAGCCUGGUGAAAGUAGCCGUCCCGACCGUGCCGCCGCAGGACACAGCCCUUCUUGCACUGACCAGCAGUGCCCUGGUCAUCAUCGUACUGGUGCUUCUGGCACUCUCCAUCAUCUACUGCAAGCGCUUUUGGAAGAGCCAGUGUCAGCGAGUCUUCCUGAGGACUCAGAACUUCUCGGGCGAGCGAGCAAUGUUCCCAACCACGGCGGCGCCCGGCAGAUUCCUGUGUGAGGAGCAGAUGUCUGGUCCCUGCUGCCUGGGUGUGAAGAACCUGAGCCCCUGCUACAGGCAGGCAGAAGACCUUGUACGAGAAGUGCUUGCGCACAGCCCCUGCGGCUCCCAGUCCCCCCAGCCCGCUCCUGCUCUCCCUGCCACCGGUGGAGGGAUCGACCCCGCUCAGAACUUUGUGGAAAGGCAGGGCCAGCCGGGCACGGCGGAGGCCCUGGCCCCCCUCUCCUCCUGCGCCUCCGAGAUGCAGCACAAGUGGCCACACGCCCCGGUGGAAUGCACCGAGCUGGACCUCCAGAAGUUCUCCACCCAGGCGGAGCUUGUGGGCGGCGAGCGGCCGGCGGAGGGCGCGUUAGUGCAGAGCAUCCCGGCAGAGAGCGGUGGCACAGGGCGGGAGGGGGCCCGGUGCCCGCCCUCCACCUUCCCUAAUCCCACCGCCGAAAGCGGGGAGCAGCCGGUGGGUGAUGCCCAGAGCCUCGUGACUCAGAUCAGCAGCACGGCGAAGGGUCUCCCGGUAGCAGAGCUGCCCCAUUCCUUGGUGCAGUCACUUGCCUUCUUGUUGGACCCUUCCUUGAACGGAGUGAAGAACUUCAGCCACGUGGCGCUGGAGCUGGGGGUCGCGCCCCCGUCGCUGGGACGGAUAUCUGGAUUUGAGCAGCUCGUCGCUCACUUCACCUACUCGGGAGACGCGGUCCCCAUCCCGCGCCUGGCCCAAGCUCUGCAGCGGCUCCAGCGGUUCGAUGCCUUGCUCCUGCUCUGUGACCACUUUGCGCUUAGCCAGGCUCAGGGCCGCCAGCGCUAG